AUGGUUCCUCACUACAGACAUGAAAUCCCAUCAUAUGAAAGGCAAGUACAGGCACAAUGCAGUUUACUGUACACAGACUUGAGUUGUGGUAAACAUAGAUUAGGAGGAUCUUCAUUAGCUCAUUGUUAUGGUCAGUUAGGUAACAUCUCACCUGACCUAGAUGAUCCGGAUAUUUUUGUCAGUGCCUUCAAUCUCACACAGAAACUUAUCAAAGACAGGAAGUUGGUUUCUGGUCAUGAUAUAAGUGAUGGAGGAUUAAUAACAUGUAUUUUAGAGAUGUCCUUUGCUGGUAAUUGUGGAAUAGACAUUGACAUUUCUUGUGAUUCAGAUGUACCAUUUAUUGAUUUGUUGUUUGCUGAAGAACUGGGAUUUGUAUUUGAAGUAUCAAAGAAAAAUGAACAAAAAAUAAUAAAUGCCUUUUCUGCAAUAAAUAUUCCUUGUUUUUUCAUUGGACAUUCAAGAAAAGAUACCAAACAGAUAAAUAUAUCGGUAAACAAACAGGAGGUAUUACAUGAAGACAUGACAGGUCUCAGAGAUAUCUGGGAAGAAACCAGCUUCCAGUUAGAGAGUUUUCAAACAGACUACCAGUGUGUACAGCAGGAACAGCAAGGAUUGAAAGAGAGGCUAAAGCCUCCUUAUCAUAUACCAUUUGAAUCAGAAAUCAUCAGUUUUGUUCCCAGAGGUAGACCAACAAGUAUACCACCGAUCAAGGUGGCAGUUUUACGUGAGGAAGGUAGUAAUAGUGACAGAGAAAUGGCCGCUGUAUUACACAUGGCCGGCUUUGAAGUUUGGGAUGUCAACAUGCAGGAUAUGUGUUCAGGAAAGAUAACUCUUGAUCAGUUCAGAGGAGUAGUUUUUGUCGGUGGAUUUAGCUACGGUGAUGUAUGUGGAUCUGCUAAAGGUUGGGCAGCAUCAAUUUUAUUUAAUCAGAACAUCAGAGAACAGUUUUUAAAGUUCAGAAAUCGCCCUGACACUUUCAGUUUAGGAGUUUGUAAUGGAUGCCAGUUGAUGGGUCUACUUGAUUGGGUAGCUCAAGAUGAAGACCAGAAAGGUAUUAAUUAAUAAUUAGUUAAGGCG